CACCGGUACAAGCUGCACCAUCAAGUCUGAGCCCUAAUUCACAACAUCGACCGACAUUAUGGUCGAGAUCAAAGCUUUCGAGGUAGAAGAGUGGAUGGAUCGUCUCGAGACAACACCUGGCGCUCUCAACAUUGCUGAAACCUGCUGCGAGUCUGUGUCAAUCAAGGAGUUGACAGAGCUGUCGAGCGAUAAAUCGGCUGCGAGCCCCCUUGACAUUGCAACGCGACGAAUGACUUACGGCGCAAUCUAUGGAUCAGAGAAGACGCGCCAGCAGAUCGCCAACCUAUACGCACAUGAUAUCUCGGGCUCGCUCCUCAGAGAUCAAGUCGUCAUUACGCAGGGAGCUAUCGUUGCCAACUUCCUCACUCUCUACACCCUCGUCGGCGCCAAUGACCAUGUCAUCUGUGUAUACCCGACCUACCAACAGUUGUACGAGGUUCCCAAAAGCUUGGGCGCUGAUAUGAUAAUUGUCAACAAUCCCAAUAAUCCCACUGGUGUCACCACGCCCAAGAAUGUUCUAGAAGAUCUCAUCGCGUUUGCAAAGUCGAGAAACAUCAUUGUCAUGGCCGAUGAGGUAUAUCGACCCCUCUUCCACAGCCUUCCUGUAGGAGAAAGCAUGCCCCCGUCAAUCCUGUCCUUGGGCUAUGACCGAACCAUUUCUACUUCGAGUAUGUCGAAAGCUUUCUCUCUUGCCGGCAUCCGUGUGGGAUGGAUUGCAUCGAGAGAUCCCGAAAUCAUUGAAGCCGUCAAGAGUGCGCGGAACUACACGACCAUCAGCGUCUCACAGCUCGACGAUCAAGUGGCCGGCUAUGCUCUGUCGGAUACGGUAAGACCAAACCUCAUCAACAGAAACAUCGAGCUUGCCAGGACAAACCUUGAGAUCCUCGAGACCUUUGUCAAGAAGCACCAGUCUGUUUGCUCCUGGGUCAAGCCCACAGCCGGUACGACGGCAAUGAUUGGUUUUCGAAGAGGCGAUGAACCAGUCCGAGAUGACGAGUUCUGUCUCGAAGUUCUUGAAAAGACCGGGGUUCUGAUCAUGCCUGGGUGUACCUGUUUUGGUGAGGGCGUUGACUUCAAGGGCCAAAUGCGCUUCGGUUACGUAUGUCGGACAGAAGUGCUGAAAGAUGGCCUGGAGAAACUGAGUGUUUACCUCGAGAAGAGUUUCGACUAA